AUGCAAAUCAGACCAGUUCAUGCCGAGACGCGGAUCUCAGCUUUGCGCCAACUGAUCCGCGACUAUCCUCUGGGCAUCCUUACCACAGCAAUUCCGUCAAAAACGCACCCGUUGAUUCAGUCGUCUCACAUACCGUGGGUGCUUGAUAUUAAAGAUGAAGAAAACGAGAGUGAGCUUGGUACCCUCCGCGGGCAUCUCGCAAAGGCCAACCCCCAGAGCAAAGCCAUGAUGGACUCUCUGGCGGGCCCGGAGGGGCAGAUAUCCGGGACCACAACUCUAGAGCAAGAGGUUCUGGUUCUUUUCACAAGUCCGGUUCACUCAUAUGUCACGCCAAAGUUCUACACUGACACGAAACCCAAGACCGGCAAGGUCGUGCCCACCUGGGAUUACGCCGCAGUGCAGGCAUACGGGAAAGCAACCAUAUACUGUGACUCGAAAUCCAAGGAGACUGGUGAUUUCCUGCAAACGGCCAUCGAUGACCUCUCCAAACAAAUGGAGAAACUAGCAGGUCAUACAGGGGAAGGUGACCGGGUGAAGCCUUGGCUGCUUUCGGAUGCUCCUGAGAGCUACGUGGAGAUACUCAAGAAGGCCAUCAUCGGGAUCGAUAUCAAGAUCGAGCGGCUUGAAGGGGUGAUCAAGAUGAGCCAAGAAAAAGGAGAGGCCGAUCGUCAUGGAGUAAUUCAAGGAUUUAAAGAGAUGGGCACCGACCUCGGUCGAGGUAUGGCUAAAAUGGUUACAGAACGUCACGAGUUGAAGAAAGCUAGUCAUUAG